CUUAUUUGGCAAAUAUACCCUUUGUAGUAACAAAGCCAAUAUGGAUUACAAAUGGGGGGGGCACACAUUUUGGCAGCCGAUGCCACACAGCCUGAUAAAAUCUGUAUCCCUCCAUAACUUUUGCUGUGAAUAAGACAUCUUCUCCAAAGUUACUGUACUUAUUGGUUAGAUUGACAUUGAUUUUGCAAAUGAACUCAUUCGUGAUAGCGUCGCUACAAAGUGUAAACCGAGUGUAAAUUCACUGGAGAGCGACAUGUUUCCAUGAUCGCAUCUGGUUUUACAGUAUUAUAGUAUCAAAGUCUUUUUCUAGACAAAGUAUUCCCAGCAGGUUAUUUAAGUGUACAGUAUAAGGUAAACUGUCUUCCACACGGCACAUUACAAUGUCACGAAACUAAUAUUAAAUUCAUCGAGUCUGCUGUUUUCCAGCUUUUACUUUAUCUGCAGAUCAGUGACAAGUAGCGUACAGAACGGAGCUGGGCAAGUGGCUCCUCCUACUUUGCGCGCUCCCGUGAAUGGGGAAACAAUUUUUGAUGGGAGUAACUACUGUGGCACAACACCAGGAAGCACUGAAUGAGUUUCACGAAUGCUCUGAAAGUUUCGUUUCACUCAGAACAUUUGAAGAAUGUGGCUGUUCUUGUUUAUUUUGGCAUUCGUUGAUUCAUUUUCAAUGACUGCCAUUUGGAAGAGAAAAGCUCCAAGACUCAAGAUCAAACCCAUGGAGCAUGAAGUCAUUCUGGGAAUUGUAAAUGAGCAUCAUCACUGGACAUUAGUGGUCAUUUACCCACAAGAAAAGAAGUCACUGUAUCUUGAUCCACUCGGAGAAACUAAACAAGGUAUCCAAAAUUGUUUGGAAUCAACAAGGGCAUUCAUGCGAAAAAAAGGAUGCAACGUCUCAAGAUGGACUUGUGACACAGUCAAACACCCAAAACAAGUGGACGCUGCCUCAUGUGGAGUCUUUGCAUUGAAACUUGCUGAAAAGAUCUUGCGAAAAGAGUCAAUAAACUUUCCGUCUACAAAAAAGGCCAUAAACACACACAGGCUGCAAAUUGCCACCACUCUUCUCCUAGAGACAGAUGACUUGACAAACAUCUGUCAUUUCUGCGGGGAAGAAGAGCAUGAAACUGAAAACAAAUGGAUUCAGUGUGAGAUGUGUUUGCGGUGGUUCCACCAGCUCUGCGUGAAAAGCCCACCACCAGAAGAUGUGUUUAUUUGUUUCGCUUGUACAUAGUUGACACUACAGGUCCACAGCUAGUGUUCUUACGGCACACAUUGUCGAGAACACAUAUCUACAUAUAUAGAUGUAGAUGUUAAAUUAAGAAGUCUAAAAAAAACCAAAUGGUCUCCAAAGUUACUGUAGUUUUUAGUUAUACUUUUAUUUAUUUUGCAAAUAAACUCUUUCGUGAUAGCAA